GCGUCCCACGAUCAGUCUUGCCAUCAGUCCGCCGAGUUUCACCGCCGAAACAACCCGCGCCGCGCCGCCGAUCAUGAAAGCGUGCUGAACGAAAAUUGACUUUUUCGAAUUUCGACACUCCUCCAUCCCCGCGAUAUUUCGGUCGCCCUGAGUGAAGUGCAGUGUCCAGUGCUGUGAUUUGUGCCUUGUGUGGUUUUGUGUCCGGUUUCCCAGGAAUAAAAAGAGCAGAGUCCCUCGGUUCAAGAUGGGGCGAAGUGAGAUCCAGGAAUUCUACGCCGGGAAAUCGGUUCUAGUCACCGGUGCCUCCGGGUUCAUGGGCAAAGUCCUCCUGGAGAAGCUCCUCAGAUCCUGUGGAGACAUCGCCAGUAUCUACAUCCUUCUCCGGCCCAAGCGAGGCAAGCCCAUCGAAUCCCGUGUAGAUGAACUCACCAAACUUCCGCUUUUCAACAAAAUACGAGAAGAACACCCGGAGAGGCUGAAAAAGAUAGUCCCGUUGAAGGGUGACGUAAUCAUGGACAACCUGGGGCUGGACGAGAAGUCAGAGGAUGCCAUCAUCAACAACGUCAACAUUGUGUUCCACGGUGCAGCCGUCCUCCGUCUGGACGCUCCACUCAAAGACUCAGUCUGCAUGAACGUCGAAGGAACCCUCCGAAUCUUGAAACUCUGCAGAAACAUUAAAAAUUUACAAGCAUUCGUUCACUUGUCAACGGCGUUCUGUCAUUGCGACCACGAAAUCCUGGAGGAGAGAAUGUACCCACCACCAGCGCAGCCCCUUGACGUUAUCAGCCUUACUCACUGGAUGGACGACGAGUGCCUAAAAAUGAUCACUCCAAAGUUAUUGGAGCCACAUCCAAACACUUACACAUACACGAAACGUUUGGCAGAGAAAUUGGUUGCCGAUGAAUUCCCUAAGAUGCCUGUUGCCAUUGCGAGGCCGUCCAUAGUGUGUCCUGCAGUAAGCGAUCCGCUGCCUGGGUGGGUAGACAACUUGAAUGGUCCGGUGGGUGUCUUGAUUGGAGCAGGAAAGGGUGUCAUCAGGACAAUGCUGUGCGAUGGCAGGUAUCAUGCAGAGAUAAUUCCAGUUGACAUGGCCAUCAACGGAAUCAUAGCCGUCGGUUGGAAAACAGCCACCACAGUCCAUAAGGAAAAAGAAAUACCUGUAUACAAUUUAACACAACACAACGCAAAGCCAAUCACCUGGGGACAAGUCUUGGAAAACGGAAAGAAAAUAGCCUACGAGAAUCCUUUCGAAAUGAUGCUAUGGUACCCAGACGGAAACAUUAGAACCAACAAAUUCAUUCACAACCUUUGCCUAUUCUUCUUCCAUUGGCUCCCCGCUUACUUCAUCGACUUCAUGAUGCUGAUUUUCGGACAAAAAAGAUUUAUGCUGCGUAUACAAGGUAAAAUUUCUGACGGUCUCAAAGUCCUGCAAUACUUCACAACCCGGGAAUGGCGAUUCUUAAAUGACAAAGUCAUAGCAUUGCGACAUUCAAUGAGUCAGGUAGAUCAGGACCUAUUCUUCCUCAACUUUGAAGACAUAGAACCUGUAUCAUACGUCAAAACCUGCAUCCUCGGGGCGCGAGUAUACAUACUAAAAGAGCCACUGUCUUCCAUACCUCGGUGUAGGAGAAACCUUAAGAUAAUGUGGCUGGCUGAUCGUACAUGUAAAGUUCUAUUCUUUGCAAUGCUUGCAUGGUUGGUCUUCACCUCAACUGACACGAUAGGAUACUGGCUGGACUCUGCCAAAAGCGGGGUUAAACUACUGCCCAUCAUCGGAAAUUUUGCUUGAAUAUACCAGAUACUCUGAGGGAGAUAUAUAUGCACAUAUACAAUGGACUGAGUUACUUCCAACCUGGGAGCUUUGUAUAUUCCGAAAAUGGAUUAUUCCAAAAACAGAUUAACUAUGAAGAAGGAGAAAUGAGAUUCCAAAAUUCGACUAUUUGACAAUCUCAGUUUACUUUCGUUUGGAUGAGAUGCUUUUGGUCAAUUUUCACUUGAAUAUUGCGAUAGUGAAAGAUUUAAAGUUUGCAUUUCUACUUUUAAAGAAUGGGCUUCUUUGGGUCCAUAGCUUUUAGGAAGUGACAAAAAUUUUUCAACGCAACUAAUUUUUUGUGUAUUUAAUCUUCUAAGUAAUUAUUUAUUUAACUAGAACUUUUCAGUGCAAAGCUGUUUGACUAUGUGCUGUUAAGAACCAAAUGGAAAGCUAAAACAUGAAGUUUACCACCUUCUCUCAACAGCUUGAAUUUAAGAGCAGAGGCUGCCCGAUAGAAAAUUAUUUCGAAUACAUUGAUGACCUAGAUACUAUUGUAUCUUUGAAGAUAAAACUGUGUUAGUCCAACACAAUCUUUAACUAGGAUCUCUGAAACCAUUGGACAUGAAGAUUAAGGUAAUUUGCAUGGAACGAAACCAACCCCUUACGGCUUAAGAUUAGAAAGGCGAAAAUUUUGGUUGUUUUAACUACUAUGACCUUCGAUUUUACAUUGCUGAUAAGCUAUGUCAUGAAUUUUGUAAAAAUUGACCACUGAAAAUAAAAAACUCUUUGACAACUGUCUUCAGAUUGACCUUCCUAGGAGAUAAUUUUUGCCAUAGUGUUAACAUCGACCAUCGAUUCAAUGUGACUAAGAUUCUAUGAUAAACUCUAUAGCUAUGAAAAAGAUUGCUAGAAUCAUGAUUCUUCUCAGAAAAAUCUUAUGAUCCGACUAUUUUUUAAUAGUGAGCUCUCAUUUUGCGUCUAUUUGAAAAGACUACUUCCACUACUUUGAAAAAAGUAAUUCGUACAUUCUUAGCAAUCUUCCAAUCUACUUGACAGACACUUAAUUUCAGGCUGAUAUUAGAAUUGAGUUACCAAGUUCCUUACAUUAGAAAUGUGGCUUAAAAUAUGCCUCUUUGAUUUUGGUCACUUAAGUUAAUGGCCAUGCACUUAAACGGCUCAAUUUUAAGUUCUAUGAAAGUUACACAAGAUAAAUUAAAAACUAAAGGGGCGAUAAUAAGUUGUAGAAGAGAUAACAUCUUUUCUUUUAAAUUUUCUUUGAAGCUUUGAGUGAUAGAAAACCAGUCUAGACUACACUGGAGGGAGAAAAUUGAGAAGUGCUGGCAAAGGCAGGUCUGCCCUGUGGAAAUGGGAGAUAACGAAAGAGAUUUCGAUAUUUUCCCAUAUAAUGUUAUUUCUUAAAAUCUUCAGGGUCAAAUGACUAGUCCACUCUUACUGGAUAAUGUUUUCGUUUCAUGAUAUUUCAUCUUGUUUUGUCUCAAAAGACCGGCAUUUUAAAAGCUAUUUUAAUGGAAGGAAAGAGCUAACUAAUUGAGGCAUUGAGAAUGAAAAAUUGAGGAUAUUGUCUCAAUUAUCAAUGCUAAGUUGCGAUGACUCUGUACAUUACUCAAUGUUAAAACUUUUGUUACAUGUAUAUAUGGAUUGUCAGAUGUAUACUACUUGCGUACUCGCACAGUUUGUGCUAGAUUUACUGAUUUAUAUUGAAUUUACUGUUUUUAUGUUUUCCACGUUGAACAAAUUUAUAAAUAAUAAUUUUAUCAUAAAAGAAAAA